ACGUGUAUUCUGAAAUUUAGGGGGAUUUGAGAUUCUCCUAGUGAAUGCGCCGCGACUUCUCAGAGACAGAGUCUCAGACCUCCGACUCCCCCCUAACCUCUGACCUUCCGCCGUCCGGCCGCCGUCCACUCGUCUCCCUUCCGGCGCGAGUCGCGACAGCCCAGCCGGGUUCCAGCAUUCCAGCCUUCGCGCCAGCCCCUUCCGGCGCGGGUUCCAGCCUUCCAGACCGGCCUUCGCGACAGCCCAGCCGCCAGCCGGGUCCCCCUCACUCUUCGAUUUGAUUUUUCAUCUGCCGCCUCUCGCAUCCUCCCGCCCUCUCCCUAUUCUUAAUCUUGGUAGGCUAAGUCCUCUCGGCGGAAGCGGCAUUCGUCUCUAAGACUCCGAAUAUAUUUUCAGAAGCGAUGAAUUGGGUUCAACGCAAGAUUUAUCUUUACAACGUUACCUUUGGCCUCUACAUGCUCGAUUGGUGGGAACGCUAUCUUUUCAAUAUACUUGUUGUUGUGUUGAUGUGGUUCAUCUUCUACAACACUUCGAGAUACGUGGCUGAUUCCUGCAAAAGGUAUCUGCAUUGACGUAUGGCUUCUGUCAUCGGAUACUAGUGUGCAUUAUGAUAAGGAUUAAUGGCUAUGGAAUUAUAAAGUCAAUAUCAUGUUUUAGCAGCAGAUCACUGAAUUAUGCUCAACCAGUUCUAAUUUAUGUACUUUCUCUUUUUCAAUCCUGAAAUGAUUAGUAUGUGCUAAGGUCUUCUUGAUCCCUACUCAAGGAAUUACUCAAAGAAAUUACGUGCUCACAAUGUUGUAAAAGGUCAGAAUCAUUGGUUCUGCUUGACCAUUUUAGUUUCAGUCUUUGCCUUCCAA